GUUGCUAGAAUGUCCUUUUUAGCACAGGGGAGGGGGGAAGAGAGAGAGAACGAGACUCGCUGGCGUUGGAUUAGCCUGUUAGCGCUGUAUUACAGGGUCACUUUAAUCUCCGCAACAACAGCAGCAGCACGUUUGCAAGCCCGACGAGCCAGAUCUCUCCGCAAGACGCAGUUUCUCUCCGGUUCUUGCGUCGCUGCCCGUUCGCCCGGGUCCGAGGACAGGAGGAGAGGGAGCACAAGAAGAGGCUUAAUCACCCUCUUGGAAGUAAACACCGCUGAGAAGCCGCAGAGGAGACAGGCAGGCACGCAGGCACUGUGACCAUGACCCAGGGGAAGAUCUCGGUGACAAACAAGCCAGCCAAUGGGACAGAGGGAGGAGGGGCUGUGCCCACAGCCCCACCCAGCUAUGAGGAGGCAACAGCAGGAGACAACAAGACCGGGGUGUCGCCCCCACCCCCUCCCAGCGUCCCCCUGCACCCCAGCUGGGCUUACGUGGAUCCCAACUCCAGCCCUAGCUACAGCAGCGGCGGUUACCAUGGUGACGGCGAGAUGCUCACUGAGUUCAGCUGGGACGACAAGAACAUCCGCCGCAUUUUCAUCCGGAAGGUCUACACGAUCCUGAUGAUCCAGCUGCUGAUCACCGUGGCCAUCGUCGCCCUCUUCACCUUCUGUGAGCCAGUGAGGAUCUAUAUUCAGUCCAACCCCGGCUGGUACUGGGCUUCCUACGCAGUGUUCCUUGUCACCUACCUGACCCUGUCUUGCUGCCCGGGACCCAGGAGACAGUUUCCCUGGAAUCUGAUCCUGCUGGCUGUCUUUACUCUCAGCAUGGCCAGCAUGAUGGCCUUCGUGUCCAGCUACUACAACACCAAAUCGGUGAUACUGUGCCUGGGUAUCACUGCCCUGGUCUGUCUGUCUGUAACCAUCUUCAGCUUCCAGACCAAGUUUGACUUCACCUCGUGUCAGGGCGUGCUUUUUGUCCUGGUGAUGGUGCUCUUCUUCAGCAGCAUCAUCCUCUCCAUUGUCCUCCCCUUUGGAUAUGUGCCCUGGCUGCAUGGGCUCUACGCUGUGCUGGGAGCCAUACUCUUCACAAUGUUCUUGGCAUUUGACACCCAGCUGCUGAUGGGAAACCGGCGCUAUGCUAUGAGCCCUGAGGAGUACAUAUUUGGGACGCUCAACAUUUACCUGGACAUCAUCUAUAUCUUCAGCUUCUUUUUGCAGCUGUUUGGCUCUCAAAGGGAGUGAUCCUCCUGUCUGCUCCAUCGUCUCCCGCUGGCUGAUCUUAGGGAUCCAUGAUACCCCCAGAUCCUAGGCUUGCCUGCAUCUAAAGCACCCCUGGCCUGUGUUUGUAAAAGCUUCCUAUCUGCUUAGAUGUAGUGUCACACUGGCGUAUAUUUCCAUCUGUAUUUUUUUUAAAAGUAGCUUUGAAGUAAUUACAGUAAUGGACCGUACAACCGAUUUUUAUGUUAAUUUUUCUUCGGGAUUGCGUAAAAAAUAAUCUGUAACUUCAAUUGCCAAUUCUUAGCCAAGCAAAGGGAACAGCUCAGUUGACCAAACGUUUUGACUUCUGUCUUCCUUCGGGAUCAACCUGAGGAAAACCCUUUGCCAGUUCAAUCAACAAAUGUAGGCAGAAAUAAAUAAUCCAUCGGCACAUU